AUGUCCAUCUCUACCAGAAUCCAGCUUGACCCGCGCGAGCGCCGCCUGCGCAACCUUCUCGUCGACGUGGCGCGCUCCGUCGACGGGCCCUCGCCCGUCAUCCUGCGCUGGGCCGGCGGCUGGGUGCGCGACAAGCUGCUGGGCUCCGCGAGCCACGACAUUGACGUGGCCAUAAACUCCAUGACCGGCGGUCAGUUUACUGCCCACCUGCGCGAGCACUGCCAGAGGCCCGACGUCAUCGCGGCCCACGGCCUGGUCGACGGCGACAUUGGCAGCCCGCACACGGUCGCGCGCCAGCCCGAAAAGUCCAAGCAUCUUGAGACGGCCAUCCUGCGACUCUUUGGUCUGGACCUCGACUUUGUCAACCUCCGCAAGGAGACGUACGCGGAUGACAGCCGCAACCCGCAGAUGGAGUUUGGCACUGCAGAGGAGGACGCGCUGCGGCGCGACGCCACCAUCAACGCCCUGUUUUACAACCUCAACACCGAAGAGGUGGAAGACUUUACGGGAGGGCUGGCUGAUAUGGAGAAAAGAAUCAUUCGCACACCGCUGGAGCCUCUGCAGACCUUCAAGGAUGAUCCGUUGCGUGUUCUACGUCUAGUGCGUUUCUCGAGUAGACUUGACUUUUCUAUUGAUGAGGGCACGAGAAAAUUCAUGGCCGAUACGUCUGUACUGGAUGCAUUAAAAGCUAAAAUCAGUCGCGAACGUGUCGGGCAAGAAUUAGAAAAGAUGCUACAAGAUAAGCAUCCUCGCCUGGCACUGCAGCUCAUUGAUGACAUUGGCCUAUACCAUGCCAUAUUCACAGACCCUGCGCGUCCAGACAUGAAGAAGCCGGACAUCACUAGGUGGCCCGUUGCGUACAACGGUCUCGACGACAUCCUGCAGACACAGACGCCAGGAUCCAUCGCCGCCACCCUCAUGCACACCGACGAAUACCGCUGGAUCGCGUGGAACCUCGCCGCCGUCAGCCCCUGGAUGCGCGUGCAAGACCCGCCCGGCACCAAGAAAAAGGCAAACGCCCUGCCCCCCGUCGGCGUCGUCGCGCGCGAGGGCUACAAGGCCGCCAACAAGCUCACCGACAUCAUGGCCGCCUCGCAUCGCCACCUGGACGAGAUCCUCGCCCUCAAGCAGGCCGUACUCGACGGCGCCGCGCACAUUCGCGAGCGCGAUCGCUUCGGCAUGGCCAUCCGCCGCUGGGACGCUCACGGCGGCUCCUGGCGCCUGCAGGUCCUCGCGGCGUUGCUCGCCGAGGCGCUCGAACGUCUGGCCGUCUGGCCCAGCGCCGCCGUCGAAGGCAGCAGCUCCGGCGAGCACUCGACGAAGCGCGACGCUUUCAUCGCCGAGUGGCAAAAGUUCCUCGACCACCUCGUCGACAUUGACGUCAUGGACGCGCCGCAGCUCAAGCGCCUGCUGGACGGCCGCGAGCUUGCCAAGGCUCUCGGCGUCAAGCCGGGCAAGUGGACGGGCCAGGCGCUUGAUGUGUGCGUCGCGUGGCAGCUGCGGAACCCGACCGAGACGGAUCCUGCGCCGGCUAUUGAGGAGGUGCAGAAGCGACGGAAGGACUUGGGUAUCCCAGAUGCGCAAUGA